AUGGCUGAAAUUGUUUAUCAACACAAAAGUAAAUCUAUGGCUGAAAUUGUUUAUCAACACAAAAGUAAAUCAUACAACGGUAAUGUACAAGAAGUAGAUACGAGCAAUGUUGCCGGGAUACGAUGCGCCUUCUAUUACUCUCCAAGCGACAAAAAUCAGAGACGAUGGGUUUUCAAUUGGGAAGAACUUGGAAAAGAAGGAAUCAUCAACCUAGUUGGCAAAAUUCUUCUAAAAGACGAACGCGGCAACCGACAGAUGGAAUACAGUGUAUUGUUAACUUCAUAAGGGUAUCGUGUCGAUUGGGGAGACACCAGUACGCCGAAUUAUUUUUAUUUUGAAUAUUCCUUUACGCCAACUUACGUCAAAAUUGAGCCCGAUCCGUUCGAGCAAUCAUUGCUUGAAAAAAUGUUUCAGCCCUCGGAUAAAAAUGAUGCAAUUUUGCUGGUUGAAGAGCAGCAGUUGCAUGUCAAUAAAGCUUUUCUCUCCUUCCACUCCGACUACUUUUCUGCACUUUUCUCAUCAAAUUUCAAAGAUGGCGAAUUGGAUGAGAUUCCACUCAAAGACGUCACUAUUGAGGAGUUUGGUCUUGUUCUGAGCACAAUUCAUCCGGAAACUGUUCUUCCGGUGAAUGAUAAAACAGUGGAGAAGCUUCUGGAGCUCGCCGAUCGCUUUAUAAUUCCGGCUGUGUUGAGAUUGGCCGAAACCCACCUGCUGACCCAUUCUAAAAUUGGAAACGACGCGAUGCUAUGGAUGGCAGACAAGUAUCGACUUCUGAAGCUUCUCGAUGUAUGCAUUCUCCGUAUUGAUACAGUGGAGAAGGCUAAGAAGCUUCAACUCUCACCACAUUUCCAUGAGAUUUCCGAUGGAACGAAUGCUAAACUUUUUAAGCGACUUCCCAAAAUUGCAUAA